CGUUACUUUAAGUACAUCGAGUAGUUCCACCGAUACUCGGUGCCGAAGGUCUGACUAAUGCGGAUUCGACGAACGCGCAGAUUUUCUCCAGAUAUAUACAAUUUGUGAAAUAUCACAAGAGAACCAUAGGCCAAAAUGACAUCUGGACUUCCUCCUGGGCUCGAAGGAAACCUCGCAGAAUACGUUCAAGGGGGAGUGGCAGACUGGCUGCCAUUCGACCACAAGCGGUUCUAUACCAACGCGUUCAUUAUCCAGGGCGAUAAGAUUCUCCUCGGGUUGAAGAAACGUGGGUUUGGCAUCAACAAGUACAAUGGGUUUGGUGGCAAGGUGGAACCAGGAGAGACGCUCGCUGAAGCUGCGAUGCGCGAACUUAAAGAAGAAGCCGGUAUUGAUGCGCCCCUCGAGCACGCAGGAUCACUGUUGUUCGUGACAAACGCCGUUGGGUGGGCUUUCCAGAUCGAGAUAUUUUCCGCCCGUUCAUACUCAGGAACACCUACAGAGUCAGACGAAAUGCAACCGAAGUGGUUCUCAUUUGAGUCACCCGCUACGUCUGAUGCAGACGCGAUACUGCCACCGAUCCCGUAUGAAAUGAUGUGGGAUGGUGAUGCUCACUGGCUGCCCCUCCUAGUGCAAGGGCGGAAAUUUGUUGGCCGAAUUGAUUCUGUAACACAAGACGAUGGUGAAUUCGCGAUGACGAAGCACUGGUUUAGCACUGUUAUUUCAGAUGACUGAAUGGAUUCAUAUUCAUACCACUAUCUACAAAGAAAUCACAGUCCAGUGACUUACCAAUUCAAA